UGUGAACCCGAAGUCUGCACCUGGAGCGAAUGGUUCGACGUCGACUUCCCCUCCGCGGGGCCCAACCAGGGAGACUUUGAAACCUACCAGCACAUCCGGGCCGCCGGGAAGCGCGUCUGCCAGCGUCCAAAGGAGAUCGAGUGCCGGGCGGAGGACUACCCCGACGUUGCCAUCCAACAGGUCGGGCAGGUCGUGCAGUGCGACGUCCACUACGGGCUGGUGUGCAAGAACGAGGACCAGACUGGAAAAUUCAAGAUGUGCCUCAACUACAGGAUACGCGUCCUCUGCUGCACCCCGAACUACAACUGCGUAAGCCCCAUCACCAGCCCCACCACCAGCCCCACCACCACCACCACCAGGCCCACACCAAGCAGCACGCUCCCAACCUCCACCUCAGUCACGACCUCCACCUCCACCUUCCACUCUUCCACCACGCUGCCCACCUCCUCAGAAACCACGUCCACUUCCACCACCACCACCAGCCCCACGCCAACCCCUCCCACAACCACUCCCACCGUGAGCUCCACCACGUCCACCACCCCCUGUGAACCCGAAGUCUGCACCUGGAGCGAAUG